UUCUUGGCUGUGGCGGCGCAGUGCCAUGUCGGAGGGCCCGGGGUACGACGAUUCGCUCAAGGUGGCGGCGGGUGGCGUCUCCACCGUCGUCAUGUUCGACGCAUCCAAGAAGGAAGAGUUCUACCCGACGUCGGGGUACAAGAAACUGGCGCGGAAGCUCAAGACCACAUGCAAGGUCGAAGUCAACAAGGAUGACCUGUCGCUGGACCGACUCAAGCAAGCACAUCUGGUCGUGUUUUCUGGUGUCCGAGAGCGCUUCAGUUCGUCCGAGUUCCAAGCGUUGAAAGAUUACAUGCGGGAAGGCGGCAGCGUGCUCUUUUGCAUGGGCGAAGGCGGCGAAGUCGACACGAACCUCAACAGUUUCCUCAAGGAGUACGGGAUCGUUGUCAACCCCGACUCGGUCAUCCGCACGGUGUACCACAAAUACCAUCACCCGAAGGAAGUGUACAUCACCAGCGGCAUCGUCAACCGCGAAAUCGCCCGAGUGGCCAACGUUUUGUCGGGCAAGGGAAAGGACAUUUUCGCGCGCGAUCCCGCCGCAGACAAGGCGCAUGGGAUCGAGAAGGCCCAAAAGGGACUCAACUUUGUCUACCCGUACGGGGCGACGUUGAACGUGAAGAAGCCCGCGGCGCCGAUCCUGAGCUCGGGGUUCAUUUCGUUCCCCAUGAAUCGUCCCAUCGGUGCCGUGUGGGCCCACGACGGGGUAUGCGCGCCCGCCAAGGAGAAGAAGACUGGGCGGCUGGCCGUGCUCGGGUCGAUGCACCUCUUUUCCGACGACUGGCUGGACAAAGAUGAAAACAGUCGGCUCCAGGACAUUCUGUUCCGAUGGCUGCUCAAGGACAAGGAGAUCCAGUUCGAUCCCGUGGACGCGGAAGACCCCGACCUGAGCGACUACAACCGCCUCCCCGACACCCAGGCGCUGUCGGAACGCCUGCGAUCAUGCAUGCAGGAAGGCGACGAACUGCCCAAGGACUUCACCAAACUCUUCGACAACACCCUGUUCAAGUUCGACACGUCGCUCAUCCCGGACGCGGUCGCGCAGUUCAAAGAGCUCGGUGUCAAGCACGAACCGUUGUCGUUGAUUCCACCACAGUUUGAAACACCCCUCCCACCCCUCAAACCUGCCGUGUUUCCGCCGAUCCUGCGGGAGAUGCCGCCGCCCGCUUUGGACCAGUUCGACCUGGAUGAACACUUUGCCUCCGAGUCGCUCCGCCUUGCACAGCUCACCAACAAGUGCUCGGACGAUGACUUGGAGUACUAUGUGAAGGAGGCGGCGGGGAUUCUUGGGAUUUUGCCCAAACUCGACCCCGACCGCGCCGACGCCAAGCACGUGCUCGAGUUUUUGCUGUCGAAAGUGGUCAACUUUAAGAAGCUCAACCAGGAUCUGCUGGCGAUGGUCGUGAUCAAAGAUAAGGCGGCGGCAUUCCAAGACCUAAAUGAGGAUGACAAGGACCUGGACCUGGACGACAUGGCAGACGCCAAAAGCAGAAAGUAAUGGAAGUUAACGUUAUACUACGAAGCACGUGUACACACAUGUAGUAAAUGCAACUUUAAACCAUCGUUGGUCAUAAUUAUUAGAGAAUGUGGUCGAUUUAA